AUGGUGCCCCAUUUCAUUGGUCGACAACAAAAAGUUGAAGAAAUCUCGUGUGCGUUGACGUCCACAUCUGGUCGGUUAGUCUCUGUAUCUGGACCUCCUGGUUUUGGCAAAACCUCAUUGGCAAUUGCAGUAGGACACCGACUUAGACAGCUUGGACUACCAGUUUAUUUCAUUUCCUUGAGAAGCGUCAAAACAGCGGAAGAGCUGAUAUCUGACCUCUUAAACACCUUUGCAAAUGCGUCUGAUAUAACGGGGCGAGAGCGUUCAAAACUAUACGGACUCCUCAGUGCAAUUCCUUCUAAUAUUUGCAUCAUCCUCGAUAACGCUGAUGUCCUUUUUGAGGGUGGUGGUGAAACGAGCCAAGAUGUUUUAGAACUUCUGGAAAAGAUCUUUUCUCAUUGCAAGAAUGUGUCCUUUCUGCAGACCACAAGGAUGAGUCUGCAAUCGGUGCUCGGAAGAAAAUUUGCUGGUCACACGUCUGUCAGUGUUGUAUCGCUAGACAGGAAAUCGGCUCAAAUGCUUGUUCAAGAACUUGUCCCUGCUGCUGAUGAAAGUGAAUGCUGCAGAGUGGCUGAGGUUUGUGGAGACGUUCCGCUUGCCAUCAAGCUUUUGUGCGGUCAAAUCGUGGACGAAAAGAAGAAUGCAUCUCAAUUUCUUGACCACUUUAUCAGUUCUUCAAAACCGGUAAUCGAGUUGCUAGAUGAUCCAUAUGCGCCUAGUGAUCAAAGUUUAAAGGUCUUGUUCGAGUCUUAUUUCAAAAGACUAUCUCGAGAAGAGCAAGAAGCAUUUGUUUGUCUCUCAGUUUUUGUCAGUGAAGUGUUCGACGAGCAAGCUGCAAUAAACGUCAUUGGAGGAGAUGAAGACACAGCAAAGAAAACUUUGUUGGGGCUGAAGAAAAAAUAUUUGGUUGAAGUGAAUUCCUCCGAAGCAGGGCUGUUUUCUUUUCACCCUCUGGUCAGGUCAUUUGGUUCCGAAAAAGCAGCUGCUGAUAUGAAAGAAACUGCUUGCGAUGCAGAAAGGCGAUUCCUGAGUUACUACGUCCAGUUGUUUAAAGAUUUAAAUAACCUGUUUCUUGCUGGAAAUUCUCUCUCAUUUCACGAUUUCGAAUUAAACAAAGAAAACAUAGUGCAUAGUCUCUGCGAAGGUGUUCAAAACGAGGCUGUCUGUGGUGCAAUUUUCGAUGUUCUUUCCAACGCGGAUCUGUUUUUGGACACCGUUUGCUACUUUGAGCAUGAAUGGAUGUUUUUCAAAAUUUAUAAUUCAGCAAUAGCCAAGGCAGAAGAGCAGCGAAAUUUUAAAGCUGUCUACCAACUGCUAAUUGCCAAAGCUGUUGCUGAAAUACUCGGGCGUAAUGGAGAUACAUUGUCAUUACUAAAUAAGGCCGAAGAAAUAGAGAAGCAAAAUCCCUUCCUUAUUUCAACAAUUGCCAUUGGAAAACGAAUGUGUUACUAUGGUAUUCACUUGCUAGUACAUAGAGCGACAGCAAAAGGGGGCGAAGUUAUUGAAACAGGGAUAUCUCUGUUGAGUUCUGAAAAUACUGUACUUAAGGUUUUAUGCUCCCAGAUUCUUGCAUUGAUUACUCCUCAUACAGAAAUAUCUUCCUAUUACCGGAACAUUGUUUUAACUGGAUGCACUAACAGACCAUCCUUGUACGCUUUCUUCAAAGCUAUACAAAAAGAUGAUUGCGCUGACGAGAAAGAGAAAGAGAAAGAGAAUGAAAACGUAAAAGCUAAAAGUGAACCACUUAUCUUGGAGCUUGGUCUUCUCAUCAACUUUAUUGCGGAAAUCUAUGACAUGAAUGAGGUAAUGUAUAAACUUGGUUUGCAAAUCUCGCAGUUACAGAAAGAAGUCGAAGCCGAGGCAAAGAACGACCUCCUAUACCGCCCACUACUCUUACUCAUUGAAAACGCCGUGCUAAGAGUAAAAAUAGUGCAAGAGAGUCCAGCCACGUUGCAGCUCGCUCUUGAUAAUUUUAUAGAAGAAAACGGUCGGCUAAACCCUGAUACAGCCACAAGGUACUAUUACAUCGGAAAAACUCUAUGCAGACAGAAUAAUUAUGACGCUUCUUUGAGAUCUCAUUAUGAAGCACUGGACAUCAGACUGAAGCUUUACGGGCACAAUCAUGCAGAUACCGCGAACAGUUAUUAUAAUAUUGGACAAACCCAAUUUUUCAAAAAUGACUGCGAGUCAGCACUGAAAUCGUACAAGAAAGCACUUGGUAUCAGACAAAAUCUUCAUGGGAAAAUCCACACAACGCGAGACGUUUUGCGCCCUUGUUAUAUCAUGAUUGGGGUAACAGAGUUUCUCUUGAAAGAGUACGAUUCAGCUUUGCAUUGGUACCAGCAAACCCUGGAUUUUAGCGUGGCGCUCUAUGGAAAGGAACAUCCAGCCUCCGCUGACAGCUACUACGAUAUUGCAGAAUGUCAGCGCAUAAUGCAAGAUUAUGAUUCUGCUCUGGAGUCAUGUCAACAGGCACUUGAUAUCAGGUUGAAGCUUUUUGGACAGGAGUGCGAAGCUACAAGCAACAGUUAUCGCCAAAUGGAAUUUAUUCGAAGUCGAAUGGAUCUUCACUAG